UGGACCGACUUUGGUUUUUAAGUUAGCAGUUGCCACUUCCCUUCGUCCGUCCCUCCAUUUCUUUCUUAAACCCUACCCAUCAUAACUAGGGUUUUUCCUCUCAACCAAUCUCUACCCCUCUCCUUCUCUUUCUACUGUUUUUCCCCUCUCUCUCUCUAAAACCCCUAAAACAAACCAGAACAAGGAAGAAGAAGAUGAGUAGCCUCGUGAUAUUGAAGCAGUCAGCUUCAUCAUCGUCAAAGCGAGCCACACUCGCGGCCUUCACUACCUCCGUCCAAUCAUUUCUACAUCACAACCGUCGAAUCUCUUCUUCGACCAUCACCGAACCACCUGUUAUCGCUAGAAAUGCUCCAAACUUCUCUACGUAUACUGCUAAAACUGCUUCUUCUUCUGGGUGCUUCAGUGAUUUUGGUUUUGGUUUGGCGAGAAGGGGCUUUCAUGUGGAUGGAUCUGGAAACCACUUGAAUUUCAGGGCUUCUUCAGUAUCGUCGCAGCCCGAGUACGCCAUCGCUGAUUUCUCUGACGACGACAAAUCAUCGUCGCCGUCGAAAGCCGCCACCGAUGAUGGUCUUGAGAUUGCCAGGCUUGGCAUUUCUGAUGAGAUUGUUUCCGCUUUGGCCAAGAAGGGUAUCACUAAGCUCUUCCCUAUUCAGAGAGCUGUGCUAGAACCAGCAAUGCAGGGGCGUGACAUGAUAGGUCGUGCGAGAACAGGAACGGGGAAGACACUUGCUUUUGGGAUUCCCAUCAUGGAUAAAAUAAUCCAGUCGAUUGAACAGAAUGGACGUCUAAAAUACCCUCUGGCCUUAAUUUUGGCUCCAACUAGAGAACUUGCUCGCCAAGUUGAGAAGGAAUUCUAUGAGUCUGCCCCCACCUUGGAUACACUCUGUGUUUAUGGGGGUUCACCCAUUGGUCGGCAAGUAGAUAUUCUUAGACGUGGUGUUGAUAUUGUUGUUGGCACACCUGGACGGCUUAUCGAUCUGCUUAAGAAAGGAAAUUUGAAUUUAUCUGAAGUGAAGUUUGUCGUUCUGGAUGAAGCUGAUCAGAUGCUUAAUGUGGGCUUUGCGGAAGAUGUUGAGACGAUAUUAGAAAGGUUGCCAGUAAGGCGUCAGAGCAUGAUGUUCUCAGCAACAAUGCCGAGCUGGAUAGUGAAGCUUACCAGGAAAUACCUCAUUGAUCCAUUAACUAUCGAUCUUGUUGGAGAUUCUGAUAAGAAGUUGGCAGAUGGAAUUUCGCUCUAUGCAAUUGAAUCGGGAGUAUAUGAGAAACCAUCAAUUAUUGGACCUCUAAUAGAUGAACAUGCAAAAGGAGGAAAAUGUAUUGUUUUCACUCAGACAAAACGUGAUGCUGAUAAUUUAUCUAAAGCUAUGAAUAGAAAAUAUAAGUGUGAACCUUUGCAUGGGGACAUUUCACAAAAUCUGAGGGAAAGAACUCUUUCUGGUUUCCGAGAUGGCCACUUCAAUGUUUUAGUGGCCACUGAUGUUGCUGCUCGUGGCCUCGACGUACCAAAUGUUGAUCUGGUGAUACAUUUUGAACUUCCAAGCACUUCAGAGGGUUUUGUUCAUCGGUCUGGCCGAACAGGACGUGCUGGGAAGAAAGGAAAGGCAAUUCUCAUUUAUUCGUCACACCAAAUGAGGGAUGUUAAGGGUAUUGAACGGGAUGUAGGAUGCAAAUUUAAUCAGCUCCCUAGGAUUGCUGUUGAGGGUCCACUUGUUGACAUGGGGGGAGGUGGCCGAUUUGGUGAUUCAGGUCGUUCUGGCAGCUACGGUGGUUCCAAAUUUGGUCGUUCUGGUGGAUAUGGUGGUCCAUCAUCUGGUCGGGGGGGUAGUUUUGGUGAAUCUAGCUCCAGCCGAUUUGGGUCCAAUGGUGGAUCUGGUUCUGCUCGGUUUGGUGUUGGAUUUGGAGGAUCUAGACCAAGUCACCAAGGCAACUUUGGUGGUUAUGGGUCUGGCCGUCAGGGUGGUUUUGGUGCUUCAAAUCGUCAGAGUGGUUUUGGGGACUUUGGUUCUGGUCAUUCUAAUGGAUUUGGCAAUAGUGGUUCAAGGCGAACAAGUGGAGACUUCGGUGAUCUGAGCACUGGCAGGAAAGCUUUCUGACUUCAUUUGAUGUAGUAGCAGGUAAAGAGAGUAGAGGAGAGACGAGGAAGUGAAUGAAUCAGAAGAAAGAAACAAUGAGCAAUUGGAAUGGAGGAAUGGAAUACUGGCUUUGCAGUGUUUUCCUGGCUUCUCUACUGAUUCCAGCUGUUGUGACAAAGUGCAGAUAUAUUUUGCAAGAGUGCUACACUAUUAUUAUUAUUAUUAUUAUUAUAGUUAUAAUAUUUUUAUUAUUGUUAUUGGAAUGAGAUCAUAAGAAUAAGCAAAAUCUUUGCUUAUUUAGGUAGCAGCACCGAGUAGAAGGGCUUCUUUAUGUAAUCUAUUUCUGGCCAUUGGAGGGCUUUUUUAUAUUCACAUUUCUUCGUCGGACUCUCUAAUUAAAUUAUAUAAAUUUUUUGUUUAA